AAGAAAAUCUUUCCACGCCAAAGUACUAAACUAACAAGAAACUUCUCUCUUAACAGCUAAGAAACCGAAAAAUUGCUCUGAAAUUACUUCGAAAAAUUGCUCCCAAUUGCUCCGAAUUUACUUCGAAAAAUUGCUCCCAAUUCCCUCCCCCCCCAAACAAAAAAACACCCUCACUCUAUAGUUACUUAUGAAAAUUCUCUCUUCCUUCCCCUCCCUUAAUCCUCCUCCUCCUUCUUUCCCAAAAUCUUCUUAAUCUCUCCUUCCCUUUUUCCUCUGUGUCCGUACAAGAUAUCCUGCAGGAUGUCAGCAUCCGGUUCUACUUUCCGAAAGAAGGAGAAAAAGUGGGCAAGAUUUCCUCCAAAGAGGGGUCAAGUGAAAGAAAAAAUUUUUGAGAGAUUGUGCAAGACUUUCAUCUCCGCUUUCUCAAAGGCAAAAGAAUCCUCCAAGAGAUGUGAUCUGCCUAAUCCAUGGUUGCCUAUGUUCUUUUUAUCAGAUGAUCCAAAUCCCUUUCAUCCUCACAGCACUUUGCUUAUGGAUUGCAGGGACAUUUUGCGCACCAUUCCCCAAGUACAGCUGAAACAUGUGAUGAGGGAGAGCAACAUGGCAGCUGAUGCUAUUGCCAAGAAGGAAGCUUUGGCCCCUCAUGGGUUUUAUAUUUUGUUUGACUGUCCACCUGAUGUGAAUUUGUUGUGUAUGGCUGAUCUUGUAGGGGUUUACUACCCCAGACGGUAAUGCUUUUGGUUAUAUUUCAUCUUCUUUACCAAAAAAAAAAAAAAAAAAAAGGGAAAAAGGAAAAAAGAUCUGCCUAACCCAUGGUUUUUUUAUUUUUUUAUUUAAGUCUGUUGUAUCUAGUAAUAAAGACCUCUUCAAUUGUUUUCUGAAAAUUUUAGGGAGGAAAUGAUGUGUGUGGGAUAGGUUUUGUGUUUGUAUCUUUACCUAUCUCAGAUGUUGGCUAUACAAUGAAUAAGAAUUUCAUGU